CUACAGGGUGUCCUUGUUCGACUACCAGGCCAUGUGUAAGAUGAACUUGCACUCUGUCAGCAGCGCCCGUCCACUUCUCAGUCCGUUUUAUGGUUUGGCUUCAGCCCUCAAGUGGUUCCUCUCCAACUUCCUACUGUUUCUCCUGGAGUUUAAUUUCUGUGGCUUUUGGCACACGGAGCAUUUUGCUGACGCUAAGGCAUCUUUCAGCGUGUCCUCGGCUCAUAAGAAAAGAGGGGACAUUCUUCAGCCGUGUGACACCGAGUACCCCAGCUUUGUCUACGAGCCGUCAGUCAAAGAGACCAACAGCAUCAUUAAGUGUGGACGCUGCCAGAAGAUGUUUGUGGUGCAACAGAUACCAGACAGCAACCUGUUGAUGCUGGUGGUGCAGGCGGACUGUGACUGCUCCAAACAGUACCCACCCAUCACCAUGGAGCCCAAGGAAGUCAAAUAUAAUGCCUCAGUGAAGUGUGACAGGAUGAGGUCCCAGAAGAUCCGGCGCCGCCCCGAGUCCUGCCACGCCUACCACCCCCAGGAGAACGCCAAUGACUGUGGAGGAGCUUCUGUUAUAUAUCUCUCUGCAUCUCUCUUCCUCGCCUGCCUCUCCUUCUCCACACGUGUCUCCUGAUGAUGGACAACUUUGCUGUUUCAACUCAAUUUCUCAUACAAACGAGGAGAUUGGAAUGAAUCAGGAUCAGUGUUUGGACACUGAUCAAAUGGGUUAAUAAAAAAAAACGUUCUACCCAUGACGACCACAAUAGUCUCUAAUGACGGACCUUUGAUGUGUUUUUUUAAGCAUUUAUUGGUUAACUCAUGGAAAGUAUACAUCUGAACUGAAAACUGCAACAAAAAAAACAAGUUAUAGGCCGUUGUUGCCGUGGACACUUUUCCAUUUGUUGCUUUCUCAUACACCACGUUGCAUCUCAAAAUGAAAGAGGGACUAAAGAGAUGCAGGUGGCAGCUAUGACCUGAAUUGAUAAAAGAGGAUUACAAGUCACAUGAUGCAACAGAAGAAAGUCCAGGGGGGAAUAUAUUAAUCAUUUUUCAUAUUCCACUGAACUGAAUAUUGCAGUACAUGCAUAUUAUAUAUGCAGCUGCAAGCAUGCGCAACUGGAGAACUUUAUCCCCUGAAAGCUUCAUAUUCUGACUAGGUUUUAAACAUUGAAUGAGAGACAGGAGAGAAGGGCUACAGCCAUAUCUGGUAAACAGUGUUGUUUAACAUCAGUGUUGCUGCUGAAAUUCAGAUUAGAGGACGGUGUUUACAGUAUAAAUUUUUCUGAAUCUAAUCUCAAAGAGCGAUGGUUCAGUACCAAGGAAGUACAUGCAGUGGAGUUGAUAAAAAGUAACAAAAAGUAUGGGACGUCACUUCACUAUCUUGUUUGUUUUUUUAACUUGGAUUACAUCCGAAAAAAUGUUUCUGUGACAUAUCUUUGAAAAAAAAUGUCUUUGCCUUUAUGUUUUUAUCAGCUGUGUCUUUCUGUUUGUUUGUAAUUAUGUUUGGCUGGAGACCACUGUGGAACUCACAGGAUGUAGAUCUACAAUCAAAAAGAAUAACAAAAAGAUGGAUUGUUUUUUAGAUAAAUACAUGCAAUGAAAUGGAUUCAAGGCUAAACUGGAAGGAAGAUGCAGUUGUACCAGAGCAUCAGUGUUUCCAGAAGUCAUUUUUUUAUGCUGUUGACUAUGCAUUUACUGGACUGGGUUUUUUCAGAUGCUUGUGUCCCAAGGUCAUGCAUUUGCUUCUAAUCCCUUGGACUAUACAACAAUAUAAUUGUAUAAUUUCAUGAUUAAAUACAAAAUGCUCUCAGUUUGGGAAACAAGUUUUUAUUAUGAACAAAUUAAAAUGUGAAAUGUUCAUAUGAGUAAUCACAAUGUACAUUAACAGGGUGCAUUUAUUUGCAUUGGGUAUUUUUGUAUUUGCUUGUGUUUCAUAUUCUGAACUUCAGCAUUUCAUUGUGUUUCGGGCUGUGAGUGUCCCUGUAGCAUUUUCUAUGGUAUUUCUGAAUCAUCUUACAAAGCAUGUCUUUAAGUUGAGCUUACUCUGAUGACAAAAUUGCCUGAGAAUUUGCCUGCUUGUGAAAAGGCUCUGAUACAUAUUGUGUGUCAAUGUGCAGCAUUGCAAUGUUGAGUAUUUUUUUCAUGUGUCUCAUUUUUGUUUGGAAUUUUACUAUACAGUAUUCUAUAUUGUAUGGUUGACAUGUGUACAAGUUGUGUGUUGACUGAAGUCAUGAUUUGAACCAAGUAAAAUAAAUUAUCUAUGUUUUUUUAUCGUA